UGACACUCAAUCGAUCCCAACGUAUAACGAAAUUAAUGAUGGUCCUGGUUCUGACCCUCUGAAAUCCCACGACCCAACCACCCACAGUCCGCUUAUGAAAAUUCUACAUUUUUGGUUUUUUAAUUUUUUUAUUUGUGGGCUGGAUUGGUGGUUAAUAAAUACAGCUAAGGGACAAAGAAGCAGAGCUGGCUUUGCCGAACGUGAUAUUUGAGGAAGAGCGGGUAUUGCUCUUGGGAGGUGGAGAAGAAGUGGCUGUAGAGGUGAAUAUGGACGGCCGAGGAACAAACGACGUGGUUGGAGGCUCCGGGACACCUAGGGAGGUCCCCUCCGAUGAUCAUUUGGCCGUUGACGUUCCUGAGACAGCCCAUCAAAUAAGCAGCGAUUCAUGGUUUCAAGUGGGAUUUGUUCUGACCACCGGUAUCAACAGUGCUUAUGUGCUGGGAUACUCUGGUACUGUCAUGGUACCACUGGGUUGGAUAGGAGGCGUUGUUGGUUUGAUUUUAGCAACAGCCAUAUCUUUAUAUGCAAAUACUCUCGUGGCAAAGCUUCACGAAUUUGGAGGAAAGAGGCAUAUCAGAUACAGAGAUCUUGCAGGAUUUAUAUAUGGUGGCAAAGCUUAUUCUCUUACAUGGGGACUGCAAUAUGCGAAUCUCUUCAUGAUAAAUGUUGGAUACAUUAUUUUAGCUGGUCAGGCUCUUAAGGCCAUUUAUGUUCUCUUCAGAGAUGAUAAUCAAAUGAAGCUCCCAUACUUUAUUGCAAUAGCUGGAGUUGCAUGUGCCCUUUUUGCCAUUGGUAUACCCCAUUUGUCAGCGCUAGGGAUUUGGCUUGGAUUUUCAACAUUCUUCAGUCUAGUGUAUAUUGUUAUAGGAUUUGCGCUCUCUCUUAAAGAUGGGAUUGAAGCUCCUCCCAGAGACUACGACAUUCCAGGAUCAACAAUUGGCAAGAUUUUUACAACCAUAGGUGCAUCUGCAAACCUUGUUUUUGCAUUCAAUACUGGAAUGCUCCCGGAGAUACAGGCAACAGUGAGACAACCUGUAGUUAAGAACAUGAUGAAAGCUCUUUACUUUCAGUUCACAUUGGGAGUUCUGCCAUUGUAUGCUGUUACCUUCAUGGGAUACUGGGCUUAUGGAGUCAACACAUCAACCUAUUUGCUGAACAGUGUCAAUGGUCCUGUCUGGGUGAAGACUUUCGCUAAUGUUACAGCUUUCCUACAGACAAUUAUUGCUUUGCAUAUAUUUGCUAGCCCGAUGUACGAGUAUUUGGACACCAAGUAUGGAAUCAAAGGAAAUGCUUUGGCUCUCCGCAACUUGUCAUUCCGAAUUGUAGUGAGGGGCGGUUACAUCGCCAUCACAACAUUCGUCUCUGCUUUGCUGCCGUUUCUGGGAGAUUUCAUGAGCCUUACCGGUGCUAUCAGCACAUUCCCACUUACAUUCAUACUUGCGAACCACAUGUACCUUGUUGCUAAGGGAAACAAAUUGACUUCCAUACAGAAGAGUUGGCAUUGGCUUAAUGUCUGCUUCUUUGGUUGCAUGUCUCUAGCAGCGGCAGUUGCUGCGUUGAGGCUCAUCGCUGUAGAUUCUAAAAAUUAUGACGUUUUUGCUGAUUUAUAAUUAUUUUCUAUUUGUUGGAAGGGAAUUUUAAUCCAUUUGUUGCAAGUCUGAUUGCAAUAUUUGCUCUUAAUCAGGCUGUAUUUAUGGUCAAGGUUUUCAUUUAUAAUUAAUGUGAUAUUUUAGUUUGUUCA